ACGUUGCCAACUCCGCCUUUCAAUCUCUAACCAUACCUGCGACUACGACUGAUCUCUUGGAGCCCUCAAUGUCACGUUUCUGGUGUUUUUAAGCUAAUAUUCCUCAAGUUUUAAUGCAUGUAAAAUGUUUAAAUUAACCUAUUUAGCAUUAAACUCCUUAGGUGUUGCAUGCCGACAAGCUGCUGCCAAAGGAACCACCUUAAGCAGCAAGACGUUCCAUAGCGCUGCUGUAAGGCUCCAAGAGGCGACAACGACCAGCAAAGACUCCGCUGGAGGCUCCAGAGACUUCAGCCAUUUGCCUCCUCUGCCCGGCCAAGAUAGUCCACUCAGAUGGGCGGGAAAGAAGUUCGAGGAGUUGCCCGUCCUGCAUAUCAAAGCUACAUAUAACAACACACACAUCCAACUGACAGACUGCGAAGGUCAGUCCUUGGUCAGAACUUCUUGUGGGACAGAAGGCUUCAAGAACAUCAAGAAGUCCACGCCAGUUGCCGCACAGACUGCCGCUAUCGCCGCUGCGGCCAAAGCUACAGCCAAGGGGGUGACGUUUGUCCGUGUCGUCGUUAAAGGUCUCGGACCGGGGCGUUUGUCGGCUAUCAAAGGCUUGACCAUGGGGGGUCUUGAAGUGGUCUCCAUCACCGACAACACACCUGUGCCACACAACGGCUGUCGACCGCGCAAAGCGCGUAGGACAUGAUCAACAAAAACCUUCAUAGUGGCCGAGAUGUGACCUCACAAAGAUUCAUCAGGACAACACAGCUGGCCAGCUUGAUGCAAGCCAGUAGACAAAAACAGCCUUGCAACAUUUGACUUUUUAUUUGUAAUGUGACUUGAUGUACUGUAACCAAUACAACAACAACAACAAAAAACUUUUUUGGGUGUUUGUCUUAUGAAGAUAAAAGAUUUGACAGUUUUCUGU